AUGGCAGCCAGUGAAGUGGUUGUAGGAGUGAUCUUCUUAUCACAGACUGUGAUUGGGGUUCUUGGCAAUUUGUCUCUUCUUUACCAGUAUUUCUUUCUUUACUUCACGGGGUGCAGGUUAAAGUGCACAGACCUGAUUCUUAAGCACUUGAUUGUUGCCAAUCUCUUAACUCUCCUGUGUAGAGGAGUACCCCACACCAUAGAAGCAUUUGGUUGGCAAGUUUCCCUUGGUAACAUGGGGUGCAAACUACUCAUCUAUCUACACAGAGUGGGCAGGGGAGGGUCCAUUGGCACCAUCUGUUUCCUGAGUGUCUUUCAGGCCAUCACCAUCAGCCCUAAGAACUACAAGUGGGCAGAGAUUAAAAUGAAGGCUUCCAAGUAUGCUGGCUCCACUUUGUGCCUCAUCUGGGUCCUGUACAGCCUUGUAAAUGUUGUUUUUCUUAUGUACAUUACUGGAAAUUCCACCAACAAAAAUCACACAGGUCUAAAAAGUCAUGGAUACUGUUCCAGUAUUCGUCACGAUAAAACCGCAGAUUUAUUAUAUAUAGCCUUGUUGUCAUUCCCUGAUGCUUUAUGUUUGGGGCUCAUGCUCUGCACCAGCAGCUCCAUGGUUUCCAUCCUGUACAAGCACAGGCAGCAGAUGAGAGACAUCCACAGGACUAAUGUCAGCCUUGCAUCUUCUCCAGAGUCCAGAGCGACGAAACACAUCCUUUUCUUGGUCAGCUUCUAUGUCUGUUUUUACACACUAUCCUGCAUCUUUCAAGCCUUUAUGUCUUUUACGUAUAAUCCCAACCUAUUCCUAGUGUACUCAUCUGCAAUAGUUGCUGGGUGUUUCCCAGCUGUCAGCCCUCUUCUGUUCUUGAGGUGUGAAUCUAGAGUAUCCAGGUUCUGCUUUGACUGUAUAAGGAAUGGAAAAGCUCCUUUUAAUAUGACAAAUGGGUAA